AUGGAACUGAGAUUGUGGGUACUGUUGGUGAGUUUUGUGGUUUGGGCUCAAACACUUGGAACCAAAUGUUGCGUGAGAGAAGAGAGAGAAGCACUGCUCAAUAUUAAAGCUUAUCUUCUUAAUCUCUACGAGAGUGAUCCUCUUGUGGAGAAGCGUUUAUCUUCCUGGGUUACCGUUGAUCCAAACAGUGAUUGUUGCAGCUGGAAUAGGGUCAGCUAUAAUGGGUUCCAUAGAUUUCUCCUUGUUCCAAAGCUUCGAGGAGGUGACAAGCCUCAACUUCUCCCAAGGUCAAUUUCAAGACUGAUAAACACCGCAGUUUUGGCUAAUCUAAGCAACUUGGAAGUCCUUAUAUUGAAGAGCAAUCACAUUGAUGGAUCUCUGCCAUUUCAAGAUAUAUGCAAACUGAAGAAGAUACGUGUACUGGAUUUUAGUGACAAUACAUUCGGAGGUUCCUUGCACAAAUGCUUGGCCAACUUGACAUCUCUUCAAGCUCUUGAUCUCUCAAGAAAUUACCUAACGGGGCAAAUACCAGCGUCUGCCAUAGCCAGCCUCACAUCUCUUGAGUACUUUUCUGCUAUGAACAACAAUUUCAGAGGCUUAUUCCCUUUGAGUUCCUUCACCAAUAAUUCACGGCUUAAGGUACUUGCACUUCAAAUGUAUAACAGUGAGUUUCAAGUAAACACUGAAAGUGAAGAAGUUCCAUAUUGGGUCCCUUUGUUUCAAUUGCAAGUUUUGCAGUUGGCAAGUUGCAAAGUGAAUUCACCUUGUGGAACCUUCCCCUCCUUUCUCUUGCACCAACAUGACUUGCGCUAUCUUGAUCUCUCAAAAAAUGAUUUGGUUGGAGUGUUCCCAAACUGGUUGAUUCUCAGCAACGCAAACCUCAGGUCGAUGAUUUUACAUCACAACAAGUUCACAGGAUCUUUUGAGCUGCCAACCUCCAUAGAUCAACCUUCUCCACAUCCCUUGAUCAACUUGCAGUUAUCCAACAACAAAAUGGAGGGUAGACUUCCCGGAAAUAUUGGACUAAUGUUUCCAAAUUUGGAAUAUUUAAAUGUGUCAGGAAAUGGACUUAAUGGCAGUAUUCCUCCAUCAAUAGCAAACAUGUCCAAGUUGUUAACCUUGAACUUGAGCAGAAACAACUUUUCUGGUCAAGUUCCCGAGUCUUUGUGGGAAGGCUGUGCUUCACUAAGGUACUUGAUUUUGUCGCAUAAUAAGUUACAGGGAAAAUUAUUUUCUUCUCACUUCAAAUCUUCCUCUCUACAAUUGGUGUUCCUGGACAGCAACUGCCUUAGUGGGACACUGGAACAUGAAAUAUGGAACCUCCCAAAUCUUGAAGCGUUAGAUAUCUCUAACAACAGUCUCUGGGGUAUGGUUCCUACUCUCAUCACCGACUCUUCAUCUUUACGAGUGAUAAACUUGUCAAAAAAUAAUUUUACUGGUGCACUACCCACACAGUUAUGCAAACAAGACCUUUGGCAUUUGCACCUCUCUCAUAAUAAAUUGUCGGGCACAAUACCAGCUUGCUAUUCGAAUAUUGGUUUGACAUCUCUACAGCUACAAGGCAAUAGCCUUGUAGGUUCCAUUCCUACAUCAAUGACAUCUGUUGAUCAUCUAUCAACACUUGAUUUGAGGGAUAACAAGUUAUCUGGAGUUAUUCCAGAUUGGAUUGUGAAGGCGAAGUCAUUAAGAGCUCUUUUACUGGGAGGUAACCAGCUACAUGGGCAGCUUCCUAACCAGUUGUGCCAGCUAAAGAGAAUGAACUUUUUGGACCUGUCAAGUAAUAACUUGACUGGAAAUAUUCCUACUUGCUUCAACAAUGUUUCAUUUGGAGAACGGACAGACAGAAAUAUCGAGUAUGGUAUAUCAUUUUAUUCUUCGGAUUUCUUGUAUUACUAUAAUCCCCUUCAUUUGCAACUCUUUUUUGAACAAAGAUAUUCUAUGGCAGCAAUAGCCAGUGGACUCCAAGUAGAUUUUAUGACCAGAAAUUUGCUGCUUCCAUACAAAGGUAACAUUUUGAGGUUUAUGUCUGGAAUAGAUUUGUCAAGCAACCAGUUAACUGGAAAAAUCCCUCAAGAGAUUGGAUAUCUGGAAUCCCUUCAUGCAUUAAACUUAUCUCACAAUAAUCUGAAUGGAUCAAUUCCAGAAAGUUUCCACAAUCUUGCAGAUAUCGAGAGCAUAGACCUCUCAAACAACAACUUGGAAGGAGAAAUCCCUAUUCAGUUACAGGACUUGAACUUUCUAGGUGUAUUCAAUGUGUCCUACAACAAUUUGUCUGGUACAGUGCCUAAUGGUUUAACCUUUGAUGACAGCAGCUUUAUAGGAAAUCAUUAUCUCAUUUGGAAUCAUAGCAACAGAGGUAACUCUACACAUGAACCAGCCCCACCAUCUCCUCUCAACAGAUACAAAGGAAGAUGA